UACGAGACUCCUUACAAACUUGACCGAAGGCAGCAAUUCGAAUGGAGCCGAUUCAGUCCUCAAGUCGUGGUGAUGAAGCCACAUUUUUAGGUGAAACCAGCUGCCCACUGAAAGUCACCGAGGACAUCUGGUUUGGAUGCUGUUUCUGCACCUAUGUCACCAGAGAUCAGCAUGUAAUUGUGAGCCACCUGGCUGCCCAUGGCGAUGAACAAUCUAAGUGCCAGCAUACUCCCAUGUCUGGCUCCAAGUCCCAAGUGCUUGCCAACACUCAAAAGCACAAGAGUGAAAAGCCAUUCAGGUGCAAGCUUUGCCCCCAAGAGUUUGCUUAUAAUUCCCUUCUGGCCCGUCAUAAUCGAACACACACUGGUGAAAAACCAUUUAAGUGCAUGCAGUGCCCCAAAGCUUUCACUCAGAGUAAAAGUCUGACAUACCACAAUCGAUCACACACAGGUGAAAAGCCAUAUAAGUGCAAGCAGUGCCCCAAAGCCUUUGCUCAAAAAUCCGAUCUACAAAGACAUAAUUAUAUGCACACUGGUGAAAAGCCAUUUAAGUGCACGCAGUGCCCCCUAGCCUUUGCUAAAAUUUGUUCUCUGAGAAAGCAUAAUCGAAUGUACACUGAUGAAAAGCCAUUGAAGUGCAAGCAGUGCCCCCAAGCCUUUACUCAAAAUUGUCAUCUGCAAACCCACAGUCGAAUGCAUAUUGGUGAAAAGCCAUUUAAGUGCAAGCAGUGUCCCCAAGCCUUUUCUUACAGUGGCAACCUAAUCUACCACAAUCUUAUACACAGAGGUGAAAAGCCAUAUAAGUGCAAGCAGUGUCCUAAAGCCUUUGUUCAAAAGUCCGAUCUACGAAGCCAUAAUUUUUUGCACACUGGUGAGAAGCCAUUUAAGUGCAAGCAGUGCCCCUUGACCUUUGCUAAAAAUGUCUAUCUGCGGUGCCAUAAUCGAACGCACACUGGUGAAAAGCCAUUUAAGUGCAAGCAGUGCCCCAAAGCCUUUGCUCGAAGUUCCUGUCUGAGACGCCAUAAUCAAACGCACUGAUUAAAAACCAUUGAAGUACAAGCAGUGCCUCCAAGCCUUUUUUCGAAAUCCCCAUUAACAAAGCGAUAAUUAUUUCUACAGUGGUUUAAAGCCAUUUAAGUGCAAUCAGUGCCCCCAAGCCUUUUCUCGUAAUCCCAGUCUGAUCCGCAAUUACGGAAAACAGUGUUUAAGGGGAAAGGAGCUGAAAUUUAGUAUGCUGAUGUAGUUCUCAGUGGUGAUUUCAAAUAUGCAAUUAGUUUUCAGAUAGCUUUACUAGACCUGAGAUACUGAGAUAUCAAUAAAUAUUAAAUUUAAUUACGCCCUCGUUACGGGUCGUUAGUAUAAAAUUUUUAAGAAUAUAUCAGCAAUUUUUAUAGAAUUGCAUUCACCAAGACAUGCUUUUUAUAGUAAGACUUUGUUUCUUUAUACACCAACUCAUGU